AUGACGCUGCAAAAACUCUAUUGGCUUGCAAACAUUGCUGCCACUGGCCAACUCUACCCCCAAAUUCUCUCCGUAUUCAGCACGUCGACGACACUUUCUGCACACGACGAGCUGCAGUCGUGCGAAACCCAUCACUGCCAGCACGCUGCCCUCGUCCAGGCGCGCUGCGAGACGCAUGUCCUGCGCCUGCCGCUUACGACACGGCUGUCAAUCUCACUCUACACGAGAAAAAGCAUGAGGAAACCGCGCCACGCCCCUGGCAUGUUGACCACUGACUACUGCUGCAUUUCACCGUUAAGACCCGUCGGCGGCGAUGGGCGCAUCGUCGGACCGAGUCCGAUAGGAUUCAUUGACUUUGCUAAGGCUCGGCCCAAACUCUUCCACGCUGCACGGCAAAUAACCAGACCGGCUAACAUGCUCGUCGUCUCCACACCCAAACGUCCCGGCUGGACUGUUCUGACUCGUCGCAGCCCAAAAGCCUACUCCUUGGGGGGCAACAUGAUCCUUGCAACGGGAAUCAUGCGCAUUGUAGGAAACGUUGCGCCACCCGAGCUGACCCUGCCCUCAUGCGAACAGAGGUACAUAUUGCCUUGGUCGCUCGCCAAACUCAUGACACCGCGCGAUAGCAUCGAGCUGUCUUAG